CCAAAACGACCCAUAGAGGGCGCCAGUAGAGAUUGACUCCCUUUUUUUUUUUUUUUUUACACGGGUAGGGGUCAAAGUUGAAUGUUUGACAGAAAUCUAAACAUGGAUUCCAUAUUUCAUGAAAAACAAGAGGGUUCCUUAUGUGCCCAGCAUUGUCUCAACAACCUUUUGCAGGGGGAGUAUUUUACCCCUGUAGACCUGUCCUCAAUUGCUCAUCAGCUAGAUGAAGAGGAGAGAAUGAGAAUGGCAGAAGGAGGUAUGGGUAGUGAGGAGUACAGGACCUUUUUACAGCAACCAUCUGGAAACAUGGAUGACAGCGGAUUCUUUUCAAUACAAGUAAUUAGCAAUGCUCUCCGAGUGUGGGGAUUGGAGUUAAUUCUCUUCAAUAGCCGGGAGUACCAGAGCUUGAUGAUAAAUCCAAUAAACGAGAAGGCCUUCAUUUGCAAUUAUAAGGAGCAUUGGUUCACCAUACGCAAGCUUGGACAACAGUGGUUUAACUUGAAUUCACUCUUGACUGGACCAGAGCUGAUAUCAGAUACAUAUUUAGCUCUUUUCCUGGCACAGCUACAGCAAGAAGGCUAUUCCAUAUUUGUGAUCCAAGGGAAUCUUCCCGAGUGUGAAGCAGAGCAGAUUCUGGGAAUAAUGCGGGUUCAGCAACAGCAGCGGCCCAGGCUCAUUGGAGAGGAUGAGGCCCAGACAAGUGCAGGCAGAUCCGUCGCUCAGGGGCAAAUGGACAUUGUAUCAGAUGAGACUGUGGAUGAAGAUGAAGAACUGAAGAGAGCUCUGGCACUCAGCAGGCAGGAAAUGGAUGUGGAAGAUGAAGAAGCUGACCUUCGCAGGGCCAUCCAGCUCAGCAUGCAAGGAUCCGGCAUGAGUAACAAAUCUUCAGAACCUGAUGUUGGAAAUGUGAAAUCAGAAAAACAGGCUGUACAGAGUUCUACAUGUGGAGAUAAAUCCAGCCAGAAUGAGACGCUUACUGCUGAGGAGCUGAGGAAGAGGAGACAAGCUUAUUUUGAUCGGCAAGCACAGCCAAGCAUUCCACAACAGUUAGAAAGUGAUUCUGAAAAACCCAACUCUGUGGAGGACCAACAAGAAAAACCCAGCAAAUAAAUUAGUGAAAGUUUUGCCGCUUUUGUCUACCGACGCUCUGAACUAGAAACCCUGCACCGGGGGUUGGCUUCUCUCCCUUCUCUAACCUCUCGCAAGUGCAAACGUACCCCAGUCAGAAGGCCGACACACGGUUUCCUUCGCUGGGUUUGCUGACAGGCAAAGGAAAGGCAGCACUUGGUCAAACCGGACCUCAGUGUGGCACCGAGACGGGGAAAAGGGUGGACUUAAGAUGACUCAUAAUGCAGUUAUUCCAAGUUUUCAAUCGCCUUUUUUACCAUAGCGCCUUUCUAUUUUCGUUACAUUCUGUUUUUUUGCUGUCUUAUUUUUUUGAAGACAUAAAGAGAAACUGCAUGUAAAGUUUGUUUAUGAAGUUGGAUUCUAACAAGAGGAAUGAAUGAAAGCCAUAAGAGACCAAUGUUUUAAGCAUUCGUUAUAUCCUUGUGGAUAACAGGGUGUCCAGCCCUAUUUUGGGUUUGGGUAACACAGCUGAAAAACCUUGCCCAACCAACCAGAGUUACUCUGUAUUUUUUAUUGUACUAUUUGUUUUUUCCGCUCCCCCAGAACUUUUUUUUUUUUGCUAAGAUUACUAAAACAUGUUUAAUUUCCUAUUGCUGACACCAUCAGUUGUUUUAAUUUCUUAAAAACGUAACGGGAUGAUCUAUUACCUCCUCAUCAUCUCUCUUAUGUUUACAGAGAAAAUAUUACAGUUUAGGGUUAAUAUAUGUUUACUAGAAACCAUCAUUUCCACAUACAUGUUUAUUUAUUUAUUAGCACACACAAAUAACAAAAGAAGGAUUGUUAACACAUACUGUAGAACCAUUAAAUCUUUUCUUUAUGAACUCUAGACCAAAACUUUGGCACAUUUGCAUUCUCCUUAAUUGAGAAGCAGUCAUUUAUUUUUACUGUAUUUGAGCAUUUUUUAAAGAAUCUUUUGUGAUUUUUUUUAUGAUUAAAGAAAGCACUGUUAAAACAAUUACUUUCGCUGUGGAAACUCAUACAUGUUACCAAUCACAUAAUACUUGAUUUGACCACUAAUGUCCCCUUCAAAAGUUAGACACCUGCAUUUGUUUGUAAUAGAGGGCUAUCAAAGGGGAUGUCGGUGUUAAGUAUUUAUCUGGUACAUUUCUCAGAAUCAACAAAAAUAAUUCAUGAACUCAAUAAUUCCUACAAUUUAUGCUUUUUCUCUUAAGAUUUGCUUUUUUUAUUUUAACUUUAUGACUUCUUUAGCAUGUCUUUUAUGUUAUGCUCAACACUGAAUAUCUGUAUCAGUUUUUAACUUUCAAACUGUUUCUAAAACUUCUAUUUUUGUGGACCCAUGAUGCCUCAAACUUUGUUUAAAACAAACUUUUUUUUUUUAAGUUCAUGAAAACUUGGCCUUGUUGUUCAUACUUUCUUGGAUUAUCUUUUUUUCUCUUAUGUUUUAUUGUUAAUAUUUUUAAUUUUCAAUCCAAAAUGCACUUGCCUAUAAAAUGUUGGUUGUUGGGUUUUUAGUUUUUGCAUUAUUAGCAUUGAAUGCUGUCACUACAUUUUGUUUGAUGUUGGCACAACUCGUUCUUUUCUUUAUUGAUCCUUUUUUUUGUUUGUUUUUGACGCUUUAUUUUCCAGAAUUGAAGCAACGUUCACUCGUGUUAGUAAAGCUCAAUUUAACAUUCACCGUUACUUGCACAUUGCCUCUUUAAUUCAUCUUAAAAUAAAAAUGGAAAUCCAUCGAGUUUAAGUUGUGUUUCGUAUCAAAUGUUGACAAUGACGUCGGCACAUUUUAAUUUUCAAUAUGUGGAUAACAGAAAAGGUUCAUGUAGGGAUGUCAGGGAAGAUGCAUCUCACGUGAACUACAUGGAAAGAUCUCAACAUCACAAUAAAUUAGUCAAAUAUUAAAAAAAAUGUUUAGUAUAAUUGAUAUCAAUUUAGGACAUACAUCACUAUUUAGUAAUAAAAAAUGAGACAUAAUUUGGUUUACAUGUUCACAAAAUCAUGUCAAUUAAUGUAAAACAAAUUCUGAUUGUUCUAUCAUAGAAAAGUUGUCUGUUUUUUUAAUUAUAAUUACUCUUCUAAAUCAAUAAUAAAAUUUAAAAUACCAUAUAGGUUUUUAUGGGUCUUAACACUGGGCCAGUACUUGAGUCUAUAAUGUUUCAUACAUAGUCGUUCUUUUUAUAUAUAUAUAUAUAUAUAUAAUAAAUCCAUAGUAAAUGAAAAUUCACAACUGAAGAAUUCUGUUUAAGUCAAACAGUCGCUGCCAAAAAUUCAAAAUUAGUUGUUAAAGAAAAAUACUGGCCACAUGUUAUUUAUAAAUUGUGGUCAAGUAAGCUUUAUUUCUGAUUAAUGAACUGUGAAAUGUUUUAAAGGAUUUUCAUGUUUUUGAGCAAGAAUAUAUACACAUAUAUAACAGAAAUAGUACAAUUUUCCCAUAAAAAUCAGCUUCAAAUAUUUUUUAAAUAAAAAAAAAGGUAAAAAAAAAUAAACAACACUUAAUUUGUGCUCAAAGCAUUAUGAACGUAGCUCAAAUUUACAGCUAUGGUCUGUCUGUGUGUGCCCUAUGGAAAUUGUAACAGGAAAUUUGAAAACAAUUGCAACACUAAAGCAUGUAAACCUCAAAAACAUGUAUAAAUAUAUUGUGGUGUAAUUUUUAAGAGGAUCAUUUAUGAAAAAAGCAAUGUAGGCUGACAGUAAAAACAAACAAACAAAAAAAAA